AUGGACGAAAAAACUGAAAAUAUAACGACGAGUGUCGAUAAACAGUCCACAGACGGCAAUUACGCUUCGGGCUCCAAGGAAAAGGGAAUAUUCCAAUCAGUUACAGCUCGUUAUGCUAAAGUUGAUCCUCACACAUAUCUCAGAAAAGAAGGUGAAAGCUCCAAAAGCUUUUGGUUCCGUCGAUUGAUACAGAUCAAACCAGUCGAACUCUUAUGGGACGAUGCAGAACAAUCUGAACUAAAGCGUGCCUUAAACGCAUUCCAACUUAUCUUUGUCGGAAUUGGUGCUAUCAUUGGUACAGGUAUCUUUGUUUUGUCAGGCUUAGCUGCUGCACAGAAUGCUGGACCGGCUGUAACAAUAUCAUUUAUUAUUGCUGCUAUUGCAUCUGCGUUCGCGGCAUUAAGUUACUCUGAAAUGGCGUCUAUGAUUCCUGUGGCAGGUUCAGCUUAUACCUACGCUUAUGCAACCAUGGGUGAAUUUGUUGCUUGGAUUAUUGGCUGGGAUCUGAUUUUAGAAUACAUGGUGGGUGCUGCUACUGUUGGUGUAGGAUGGUCCGGUUAUUUUGUCAAAUUUUUCGCAGUUGCUUCUAACGGUCGAAUUCAUUUUGCGGAAAGCUGGACAAGCCCAACUCUGACAUGGAUAGAGAGCCCACCAUCCAUAUACCGUGGUGAGGGUCAUUACUUCAAUGUUCCUGGGUUUGUUAUUAUCAUGCUCAUUACAAUUAUUUUGAUAGUUGGUAUCCGUCAAUCUGCUAUUUUCAAUACUAUUGUUGUUACGAUCAAACUUCUUGUCAUCCUCAUUUUCAUUUUCGCACUCUGCGGUUUUAUGUACCCACCAAACUACGUUCCUUAUAUUCCAGAAAAUACAACAGGAAAUUGGCACUUCUUCGGUGUUCCAGGUAUAUUUGCUGCUGCAACAACUGUGUUCUUUAGUUAUAUUGGUUUUGAUGCUGUCACUACAGCUGCAAUGGAAGCGAAGAAACCUCAGCGAGAUCUUCCUAUCGGUAUUAUUGGUAGCUUAGUCAUCAGUACUGUUCUGUAUAUUGCUUUCUGUACCAUUAUGACGGGUGCUGCAAAAUACACUGAUUUCCUUGGCUCAUCAGUACCUGCUUCUGUUGCCGUAGAAAAAGUAAUGGAACGUACUGGAAAAAACUUCGCAUGGUUGAAUAUUCUUGUUGCCUUGGGCGCUAUAUGUGGUCUGACGUCUGUCUUGCUAAUUAACAUGCUUGCUCAGGCUCGUGUCUUCUAUUCUAUGGCCCAAGAUGGUCUUUUGCCUGCUAUAUUUGCUAAAGUACAUCCGAAGUUCAAAACUCCUUGGGUCGCCACACUUACAGUCGGAACGAUUACUGCUCUCCUUUCUGCUGUCUUACCCGUCAACUUACUCGGCAAUAUGACGUCUGUUGGCACUUUACUUGCCUUCUUUAUAGUUCACUUAGGCGUAAUCGUACUUCGAUUUACUCGUCCGGAAGUCCCACGUAAAUUCAAGAUUCCUGGAGGAAAGUACUUAUCACUGAUCUUCCCUAUUAUCGGUAUGGUUAUCUCCGUAGCUUUGAUUGCCGUAGCUGAAGUGACAACAAUUUGGCGCUUGUUCAUUUGGAUGGGUAUUGGUUGGGUUAUCUAUUUUGCUUACGGCAUUCGCAAGUCAAAGUUCAACAGAGACCCAGUUGGUCGCUUUGCUGAGGGUAAACGAGGAUUACCAGAUAAUACAAGGGAAGAUGAGCAAGGUUAUCAGAUCGAACAGUAUGAAUAUGUACCAAAUACAAACUCCCCAAAUUACCGUGCUUAAUGCAUUACUAUAUAAUACAUUAUCGAAAAUUUCAAACUACAUUUGAGGAUCAGUUAAAAUUACUACUCCUACCCUGAGGCCUGUACGUACUAUUGCCUUACAGCCACCUUUUAUAUAUUUUUUUAAUAACAUUCACCUAGGGUCAUAUAUCUCAUGUAUUCAUGCUUUAUAUUAUUAAUCACUAUUCAAACUAAUUAAUAAAGAAGGCCAUAAUAUUGUAAUGCUUAAAUCUUUCUGCUAUGGGAAUCGAAUGUCGAGUUGCUAGAAAAGCCCGCAGCAAAUCAAAACAGCAGAAGAAUUUCAAAAAGAAAAAAAGGUUAG